AUGGAAGGUGUUGAGUUUAAGGAAGAAUGGCAAGAUGAAGAUUUUCCAAGGCCCCUGCCAGAGGAUGAUCCUGUUGAGGCAGAGGUAUUGGCUGCAGCUGGAACAGAAAGUGAAGCAGCUAGCAUGGAGGUUAAUGGAACCAAAGUGAGGAGGAAACUGAUGGCUCCAGAUAUCAGCUUAACUUUGGAUCACAGCGAGGAAUCUGUUUUGUCUGAUGACUUGGAUGAAAGUGGAGAGAUUGAUUUGGACAAUUUAGAUACUCCUUCAGAAAAUAGCGAUGAGUUUGAAUGGGAAGAUGAUCUUCCGAAACCAAAAACUACUGAUGUAAUUAGGAAAGGAUCACUUACUGAGUACACUGUGGCAGAGGAGAAAGAUGAUGGUCGACGCUGGCGAAUGUUCAGGAUUGGAGAACAGGACCACAGGGUGGACAUGAAGGCAAUUGAACCAUAUAAAAAAGUUAUCAGUCAUGGUGGUUAUUAUGGUGAUGGGUUAAAUGCCAUUGUUGUGUUUGCCGUUUGCUUUAUGCCCGAAAGCAGCCAGCCUAACUACAGAUACCUAAUGGACAAUCUAUUUAAGUAUGUAAUUGGCACUUUAGAGCUGUUAGUAGCAGAGAACUAUAUGAUAGUAUACCUGAAUGGUGCAACAACACGGAGAAAAAUGCCAAGUUUAGGCUGGCUUAGGAAGUGUUACCAGCAAAUUGAUAGAAGGUUAAGGAAAAAUCUGAAAUCGUUAAUCAUAGUUCAUCCUUCUUGGUUCAUCAGAACACUUCUGGCCAUCACAAAACCUUUUAUUAGCUCAAAAUUCAGCCAGAAAAUUAGAUAUGUCUUUACCCUGGCAGAACUAGCUGAACUCAUCCCCAUGGAAUACGUUGUCAUCCCAGAGUGCAUAAAACAGUAUGAAGAAGAAAAGUUUAGAAAGAAACAGAAAAGAGUUGACCAAGAGCUGAAUGGAAAACAAGAGCAGAGAAGUGAACAGUAA